CAGCAGGGCCCUCCCAUGUGUCCAGGCCCCGCCCCCUUCCUGUGUGUCAGUAUAAAACCCUGGUCCCCUCUGUGCUCACUCACUCAGCCCGAACACUGGAGGAGCCAAGCUCAGCGUCCUCAGUCAGCAUCUCCUCACGCAGCAUCUCCUCACGCAGCAUCCUCUAGUGCAGUCAUGAAUGUAGGCAUCUGUGUGUGUGUUCUCUUGGCUGCUUUGUCCAGUGGUUCCCUGAGUUUGCCCUCACAGUCAAUGAGAGCUGAGGGUGAGGCUCCAGUGUCAGACAGUCUGCUGCCUCCCCCCUCCCCCCACCACACACGGCAGGCCCGCUCGGCUCCAGCGCCCCCCUCAGGGCACCUAGGGUACCAACCCCAGGAGGACGGGGACGCUCGGGACAGCCUGAGCCAGCUGCUGGCCAGACUCAUCUCCAGUAAAAGCUCUCCGUACCACACCAGGUCCUCCGUCAGCAGCAGAGCCAGCGGUCUAGCCCCCGGCCACAGAAUAAAGGACAGAGAUUACCUCGGCUGGAUGGACUUUGGUCGACGCAGCGCAGAGGAGUAUGAAUACACCUCCUAAAGGCAUGUCUUGCUUUUGCCAAAAUCUAAAUUACAACCCCCCAUCACCGCCUAUAAAAGCCCCUAAAAAUAAUGAGCCCUUUUCACACUGCACUUACUGUAACCAAGAGCGGACUUGACUGGAUUCUAGAAUGAGUUUAGCAUCAUAAUAUAAGUAAAGAGGGGGAAAAUAUUUCAAAGGGCAAACCCUGCAAUCUGUGGACGAAUCUGUGAAUCUCCAUGCACAAGUUAAGAGCACUUUCCAAACCGCUCCUCGAACACUAUGUCAGAAUUGUAUAUAUAUACAGUAAAUACGCAAAAAUGUUCAAGGAAAAUAUUCUAUAUGUUGGAGGAAAUUCUGUGGAAAAAAUGAAAACCAACCACUUGAACAGGAGAAAAGUGCAGCACUGAGACUUUUUGACAGGUUUUAAUAGUUUUUGGCCAACAAUGGAGGUCUAUUGCACAGAGGAGACGUUUCAUUUCACUUCACUCUUGGUAUUGGUGUUAAUAGGAUUUGUUGACAAUAAGGAAAAUAUAGAAUAGCUUAUACAACAGCUCAGCGGACUGGCUCUGAGGUCUUUGGGUCUCUGGGGUUUGACUUUAAAUAUCAGUAUCAGAAAGUGACAGAAGUGACCCUACGUAGAAUUUGCCUUGGCAUACAUACACAAACAAACAUAUUAAACAUCACGAAGAAUAAACAAUAAAUACAGAAACAGAGACAAAAAUAAAGAAAACAGCUGUAGUAAAAGACGGAACUUGUUCCUUUAAAAAUGAAUUUAAGCACUAUUCUAAGUGUCUUAAAACUCAAAUGUAUGUCACCCAAAGUAUUGUUAUCGUGUCUCAUUUGAUUGACAAUUCAGAAUGUAUCAAAGGCCUUAUAUUGGACUUCAAUGAGCCACUUAGGUGUCUUUUUGGAAAAUUGGACCAAAAGUGGGACUUAAGUCUGGAGCUUUGAUUUGUACCUUAAUGCAUUACGCUACCUGCAGCCCAGAGCUUCAAUUCCCUUCAACUUUACACAAAUUCACCAGAAAACAUGAGCUACAUUACAUUACUUUAGGCCUACCUGUGUGGAGUCAGUAAGGUUGUCUCUAAAUUGGAAGAAAAGGGGCUUAAACAGCACUAACCCCGCCUGCUGAAGGCCCUGGGCUAAAAACGUGCAGUGAAAGCAGAAGGUACGUCUCAGAAAGCACAAGGUGGUGUCUACUGUAUGUAAGGUCACUGGGAGGCUCCCUAUCAUCGCAUAGCGGACCUCGGUGAAGGAAAUAGAUAUGAGCAGAAGAGGGUUUUGUUCAUAAUGAAAGAUUAUGUAUGUAUGCACUCUUGAAGGUUAAGUCUCUGUGAUGAAUAAAAUGUUCCUACCAACUUUCAGAUUCAAUUGCAUUCAAAAUAAAGCUCCAUUUUCCUCUGAUGUCAGCAAGAAAACAAAAAUGCCUUUGUUUGGGAUUAUGAUGUUAUCAUGUUUAUUAUUAUGUUGGUGGCCUUUCAUCUAGCCUCUGCCUGCCAUGUCUGUCCAUGGGUUUCCUUCCACACAUCAGUUGGUGUAACUCAUCAGGACUACAUGAAAGCCAGGACAUUAUCAUUAGUGUCUAUUGUUUACACAAAUCAGGCUUUUUUCCAGGAUUAGCACUUGGAAUAAUGAGCUAGUUUUCUGAAUAUGGUAUUCAAUUAAUCUAAUGCUGUUUUAGAAGUGGCUCUGAAACACAUCUUAAAUUAUUUUCAUUUCAUAAGUUAAAAACAUAUUAGCGUCAGCUAUCACUGUUUGUUGGUGGUUGACUGAACAGAAGCUGCUGUAAAGAGCCGCUGUCCUGCUGGGAAGUGAAACUAAGUUUUAAUACAAUGCAGAAAGUAAGGGAACACCUGCAUCGGAUUUAAAUCCACUGCUAAAGAGGAGCAAAGACCCAAAUGUUCAAAGUGAGGGCUUCUCUGCCACACAGCCGAAUAAAGCUGCUGCACCCCGUUUGCAGAGAAAAUGUAAUAAAAUCAAGCUUUUAGUUAUGCAGAAACACCAUGUAUCUGAUGUAAAUUUGUUUGUAAAACAGACAUGAAGCAGUAUACGUGUAUGUGUAUAUCAUUUUUGAUUAUUUGUUCAAAGUAAAGCAAAGACAGACCUUGAUUUAUCAAUUGCUCUGGCUGGGGAUUGAAGACAAUACUAUAUUGAUUUAUGAAUAAAACUCAACUGCCUU